GGGCGCUCACUUGGUGGUCAGCCUGGACGUAUCCGCUGCGGCGUACCAAACCUUUCUGGAUCCCCCUUCCCACGCCCCGCCUUGUGGGGCGGAGGGAGGGGGGUUGCUGGUGGGCGUGAGGCGCCCAGGACCGGCCGGACCUGUGAGACCCGGGGCCCCGGUUGCCUGGGGAGCCUGUCACAUCGAGAAGGCAGGCUCUUCCGGGGCUGGGACAGCUGUGGGCGGUAGGAUGCCAUGGUACCAGCAAACUCAUAAAUACCGCCUCCUCACUGGUGGCCGGAGACGUGCGCGCGUGUGCGGGCAGCUGGCGCGCGAGGCAUCUGGAUAACCAUCCCCUUGAGGACAUCCCCGCCGUCCUGCCUCCUGCCCCUGACAUUGCCCCAUCUCCCUCCACUCUCCAUCUUCCCAGCCCCUUUGUGCUGUUCUGGACCUCAUCUGAUCUACUGUGGACCCCUCCCCCUCCCCAUCUGCCCCACCGCCCCAACACUGUCCCCUUACCAUGCGCCCCCUUUGUCCCUGCUGGUCCUGCUGCUGUCUGCUCCUGGUUUUCUCCUUGGGAGUCCUGGGGACCCCAGUGGCUCCCAAGGCUGCCCCUGAGCAAGUCCACCUGUCCUACCCAGGUGAGCCAGGCGCCAUGACGGUCACCUGGACCACAUGGGUCCCCACUCCUUCCGAAGUGCAGUUUGGGCUGCAGCUUGCGGGGCCCCUGCCCCUCCGGGCCCAGGGCACCUUCAGCCCCUUUGUGGAUGGGGGCGCUCUCCGGCGGAAACUCUACAUACACCGGGUCACACUGCGGGGGCUGCUGCCCGGGGUCCAGUAUGUUUACCGCUGCGGCAGUUCUCAGGGCUGGAGCCGUCGGUUCCGCUUCCGGGCCCUGAAGAAUGGUCCCCACUGGAGCCCCCGUCUGGCUGUGUUCGGGGACCUGGGAGCUGACAACCCGAAGGCCUUCCCGCGGCUGCGCAGGGACACCCAGAAGGGCAUGUACGAUGCUGUUCUGCAUGUGGGAGACUUCGCCUACAACAUGGAUCAGGACAAUGCUCGUGUCGGGGACAAGUUCAUGCGGCUCAUCGAGCCUGUGGCUGCCAGCCUGCCCUACAUGACGUGCCCUGGGAAUCACGAGGAACGCUACAACUUCUCCAACUACAAGGCCCGCUUCAGCAUGCCAGGGAACAAUGAAGGCCUGUGGUACAGCUGGGACCUGGGCCCUGCACACAUCAUCUCAUUCUCCACCGAGGUGUACUUCUUCCUCAAUUAUGGCCGCCACCUGGUAGAGAGACAGUUCCACUGGCUGGAGAACGACCUCCAGAAAGCCAAUAAGAACCGGGCAGCCCGGCCAUGGAUCAUUACCAUGGGCCACCGGCCCAUGUACUGUUCCAAUGCCGAUUUGGAUGACUGUACGUGGCAUGAAAGCAAGGUUCGCAAAGGCCUCCGUGGCAAGUUCUAUGGGUUGGAGGAUCUUUUCUACAAAUAUGGGGUUGACCUGCAGCUGUGGGCUCACGAGCACUCCUAUGAACGCCUGUGGCCCAUUUACAACUACCAGGUAUUUAAUGGCAGCCGAGAGAUGCCUUACACCAACCCUCGAGGCCCCGUCCACAUCAUCACGGGAUCUGCUGGCUGUGAGGAACGACUGACCCCCUUCUCCCUCUUCCCUCGGCCCUGGAGCGCCGUGCGCGUGAAGGAAUAUGGGUACACGCGGCUACACAUCCUCAACGGGACCCACCUCCACAUCCAGCAAGUGUCGGACGACCAGGAUGGGAAGAUUGUGGAUGACGUCUGGGUUGUGAGACCACUGGUUGGCCGGAUGAUGUACCUCUAGGCACAGAGGCAGCUCUCAUCAGGAACCCUGGGCCUUGCUGCCUUGGCUAGUGUGACCAGACACUGCCCAGGCCCAGGUGAAGAGUUGGGGCAGGCCUUGACUCCCAGCCGUUCUGAGGCCCCAUGUGGGGUGCAUGCAGCCCCAUGGCAACUGGAGCAGCUCUCCCCUCCUGGAGAGGUGGGGGUACCACCGGCUGUCAUGGGCGGGUCGGCGCCCACGCACAGAGCAAAGCAGGGCAGGUGUGGGGCUGCUCGGCCCUGCUUCCCUGCAUAGCACUGACAGGGUGGGGUGCCUACGGGGCCCCAGGAAUAAAGAGACUUACAGCUGUGGCUCCGUGGACUCUGCACUUUUGCCGGGGAUGCCCCCUGGGCUG